AUGCUCCUGACCGCCCUCGGACUCGUCUGCCUCCUCCCCGCCCCCUCCCAGGCCCUAAGCUGGAUCCCGGGCUUCUUCCUCGUCUCGCUCGGCUACGCCUUUUCCUGCGCCUCGAUUUGGACGGCCAUCCCUUACUUCGUCCCCGACCGGUCCCUCGGUCUCGCUCUCGGGAUGAUUCACGCCAUCGACGACGCCGCCAUCCUGGCCGUCCAGGUGGAAGUGGGGCGGCUCUUGGACCAGGCGCGGGAGGAGGCGGAGGCGCUGGGAUCGGCGGGAGGAGCAGAGCUGAUGGAGACCCUGGAGGACUUGGAGUACGAGAGGAGCGUCUUGCCCAUGUUGAUUGGCCUGGCGGUGGUGGCGGCUCUGGCCACGCUGCCUGUCAUGUCGGCCUUGAAGAAGAAACUUUCGGCGGGAGGUUUGGAGUUCGCCUAG